AUGCCCCUUGUCAAAAUCGAUGUCAUAAAAGGCACCAGAACACGAGAAGAGAUUCAGAAACUGGGUGCCACUAUCCAGCGAGUAAUGAUUGAACAUUUCGGAGCUCCGAGACGAGAUCGCUAUCAGAUUGUGACCCAGCACGAAGACUACGAGAUUAUGUGUGAAGACACGGACCUUGGCUUUCCUCGAAGUAACAAACUGGUUAUUAUUCAAAUCUUUCAGCAAGGUCGAGACCAACAACAGAAGAAAACGGUAUACAGAGCGCUGCAUGAAAGCCUUUCUUCUCAAUGUGGCGUAUCUGGCAAUGACUUGAUUGUGACUUGUGUUGAGAAUACUCGGGAGGAUUGGAGUUUUGGCAUGGGAGAAGCACAAUUUCUAACAAACCAGCUAUAG